CUCAACUUUAGCUGCAAAAAACACCUAGAAACAACACUCGUUUUUUCCAGCUCUCUCUCUCUCUCUCGCUCGCCGGAUUUAUAAGCUCCGGUUACCUUCACAUCCAAACUUUUCUGUCUUUCAUGGAGGUUUGGUGCUUGAGAUUCAAACAAGUACAAGCCUAAUACUGGUCAAAACCAUCUUCUAAGUUUGCAGUAUACCUCCGGCGGACUUGACGUUGUUUUCACCGGAGUUUGGAUCCCGGAGCUGGAAAAAAUCAGUGGUGGUCUGAUGGGAUUUUGUAUCUGUCCGUUGGAGACUCCGGCGAGGUUACUUUGGAGCACCAGUUUCUUCCGCCACAAGAUUAUGAUCUUCUAAUAGUUUUCAUCCCACACCCCCAAAAUAUUACGUAUUCUGAAAGAAAUCCCCCGCCCCCAGCACUUUUCAACCAGUACCGACGGCGAGUGACUUCACGCGCCCGCCGGUCCACCAGAAUUUUUCAAGAGGAGAUCAAGGUAAGUAGAAGAGUUUUGUAAAGACGAUGGAGCCAGGCCGUCUUUUCUUUGAGCCUCAGCAAGGUGGUGGCGGCAACAUGUUGUUCCUCGGGAGUGGUGAUCACGUUUUCCGAGGGCCGAGAUCGAUAAUUGGCAUGGAGGAAACUUCGAGGAGGCGAUCGUUUUUCAGCACGCAAGAUGAAUUGUACGAGGAGGAAUAUUACGACGAGCAGAUGCCAGAGAAGAAGCGCCGCCUCACGGCCGAGCAGGUGCAUCUGCUGGAGAAGAGCUUUGAGACAGAUAACAAACUGGAGCCGGAUCGGAAGACGCAGCUGGCCAAGAAGCUAGGGCUGCAGCCAAGACAGGUGGCUGUGUGGUUCCAGAAUCGUAGGGCUCGCUGGAAGACAAAGCAGCUUGAGCGCGAUUAUGAUGUUCUAAAAGCCUCUUAUGACUCCCUUUUGGCUAACAAUGAUUCUAUCCUCAAGGAGAAUCAGAAGCUCAAAUCCGAGGUGGUCGCCAUAACUGAGAAACUUGAAGCUAAAGAUCAGGAGGAAAAAGGAGCAGCAUUUGCAGGUGAUCAUCAUCAUCAUCAUCAUCAUGAGAAGCGACUCCCUGGUCAUCUUCUUCCAGGUGAGAAAGAGAUGAUCACGGAUGUCAAUGUUCCAAUGAGCCUCCAGUUCGACGUGAAGGUUGAGGAUCGCCUGAGCUCCGGGAGCGGCGCUUCGGCCGUGGUGGACGAGGAAGGCCCUCAGCACGUGGACAGCGGUGACUCGUAUUUCCCAAGUAGCUCUGACGUCCACAAUUAUCCUCCUCAUCCUCCACAUGAUCAUCACCACUGCAUGGGGCUAGUAGGUGGGGUCCACUCGGAGGACGAUGGCGGCGAUGACGGUCAGAGUUACUUCUCUGAUGUGUUUGCCGCCGCCGCCGCAGAGCAGCAGCAGCAGCAGCCGGAGGAGGGCGUGUCGAUGGGUUGGUGGGUGUGGUCCUAAAAUGUUUUCCAUCUCUAAUUCAAAGAAUUGAGUUGCUAUUUUCCUUCCCUGAUGUAUCUAUAUGUAGAUGCUUAAUCGGAGCAAUUAAGCUGAUUGUUCAACUAUUACGAACACAAAUGUAAAGUGCAUGCAGCUUAGUGAGGGCCUCAGAUACUAUAUAAUCUGAGCGAUAAAUAAAAAUCAAUGUAUUCUGUUCGGUA